AUGGCAGCCACGGAGACGAUGGGCAUCGACCCGAUUCUAAACCGAGCCCUGAAUGAGUUCACCAGCGCCAUGCUAACCCUCACCGCUGGCCGCAUCCACCUGGGUGCCAUUGCCGAGGAGACCAAGACCUCGGACCAACGGCACGAGGAGGAAUUCAAAGCUGCCAAGGCUCGAUACGCUGAUCAGCUGGCGGCGGUGACUGCAGAAAAGGAGUUGGAGGAGAAGCAAAAAUAUUUGGAGAAAGCCUGCGAGUCGAGGGAUCAAUAUAAGGAGUCCAAUCGCUUUAAUUAUAAGAUGGGAAGAUCCUUAGAAUUGGUUGUUGCUGUUGUUGUAGUGUGUGCGGUGGCCUUGCUGUUAGGAAGCAGAGCAGCCGCAGCAGCACCAGUAGUGGUGUCGACAUACAACGUGGUGAGUUUAGGAGGCAAAGGCGACGGGAAGACAGAGUCCAGCAAGGCGUUCCUGGCAGCAUGGGGCAAAGCCUGUAGUUCCACCAAUCCGGCGGUGGUAUACGUGCCCCCAGGGAGGUUCUUGCUGAAGAAUGUGGUGUUCAGUGGGCAAUGCAAGAACAAGGCUAUCACCUUCCGCAUUGCAGGAACACUGGUCGCACCAACUGACUACCGGCUCAUUGGCAACGCUGCUAAUUGGAUCCUCUUUCAGUAUGUCAAUGGGGUUACCAUUUCUGGCGGAAUCCUUGACGGUCAAGGCACUUCUCUCUGGAACUGCAAGAACUCACCCAAGACUAAUUGCCCCCCCGGAGCCACGACGCUGGGAUUUUCCAACUCAAACAACGUAAAAGUCUUAGGAGUAACUUCCCUUAACAGCCAGAUGUUCCACAUCGUCAUCAACGGUUGCAACAACGUUAAACUACAAGGCGUCAAGAUCACGGCCCCCGGAAACAGCCCCAACACCGAUGGCAUCCACGUUCAGCUCUCCACCGGCGUCACAAUCCUCAACACCAAGAUCGGAACAGGAGACGACUGCGUAUCCAUAGGCCCCGGCACCGCCAACCUUUGGAUCGAGAGCGUGACGUGUGGACCCGGCCACGGAAUCAGCAUAGGGAGCCUGGGAAAGGACGCCACGGAGGCCGGCGUCCAGAACGUGACGGUGAGAACGGUGACGUUUAGGGGGACCCAAAACGGGGUGAGGAUAAAGUCGUGGGGGAGGGAGAGCAGCGGGUUCGCGAGGAAGAUUGUGUUCCAGCAUGUGGCGAUGGUGAACGUUCAGAAUCCAAUCGUGAUCGACCAGAAUUACUGCCCGAGAAACGACGGGUGCCCGGGGAAGGUGUCGGGGGUGAAAGUGAGCGAUGUGACGUACCAAGACAUUCACGGGACCUCAGCGACGGAGGUGGCGGUGAAGUUCGAUUGCAGCGCUGUAAAUCCAUGUAGCAGAAUCCAGUUGCAGGAUGUGAAGCUUACUUUCAACAAUAACAAUCGGAUUACUACUGCACAAGCUUCUUGUAGCCACGCCGCCGGAACCGCUUCUGGGAUGAUCCAGCCUUCAAGUUGUUUGUAA